GCAAAGUUGCAAACCGAUAGCAGAGAAUGAUAACUGAAAAACAUUAAAAAAAAAAUUAAAAAAAAAAAAGAAGCAAGGAUGACACCACCACCCUCUCUUUCUCUCUCCUCUUUUUCUCUCACUCUCUCUCCUUGCCGUCUCUGACAUGGGUCAUCAUCUUCUUGCUUGGUCUUAGAUUCGUUUAGUCUCUUUGUUGGAUUGGAUCUCACACAAAAAACGUUUCGUUUCUACAUAUGUUACUUCAUUUAUAGCAGAUCUAACUUCUGAGGAGCACCCACUUGGCCAUCUUCAUUAAGCUUCUUCAAUUCAGAAUAAAUGUGCGACGAAUAAGAGAAAAAUGGCAGUAGCAGAAGCAAGAGCUGUGUGGCAAAGAGCGGCCAAUCGUUGCUUUGUCCAAGAAGAUGCAAAAAGAGCUCCUAAAUUAGCUUGCUGCCAAUCCUCUUCAACAUCGAAACAAGUUGAAGCGGGAGGACACGCAACAGCAACCGACGGGCCAGACCAUCCUGCUGUCGGUUUCAUGCCUACUAACAGGUGUCCGUCGUAUUCUAAUUUACCCCCUGACACAAGAUGGUGGCUCCAUAUGCAACCGAAUUACGGAUGCCAAAAGGGUUUUACAUAUGAACAGAUGAAUGCUUUGGAGAAUGAGGAGGGAACUAAGAAUGCGGGUGUUGUAAACUCGACAUCCAGAAUAAGUGAGGCGCACAAAAGGAAAGGAGACAAGAACAAUGAGUGUUUUGUUAGUGUACAUAAUGCUGCCCAAAAGAAAGCUUCAGAAGUAGGAAAGAAAAAUGUAAAGGCCUUAGAUGGUAAGGACAUAGAAGAGCUUAUUGGACUUGAGGAUUCAACAGUUAGCUGGGAAAUUAUGCAGGUGGAUUCUAUUGAUUGCUCAGAUACGAAACAAUCAAAUGAAAUGUGCUUUGAGCCAGAAUAUAGUUGGAUGGGGAGUGAAAAGAGUGAGCCAUGGUGGCGGAUGACGGAUAGAGAUGAAUUGGUAUCCUUGGUUGCGCAGAAAUCACUUGACCGUGUUGGGAACUGCGAUCUUCCCCCGCCUCAAAAGACGUCCCAUAGAAGACACCCUUAUGCUCGCAUUGGCUGUUUUGACAGUAAGGAGAUUUCUGCAUCAUCUUUGGAUUGGAGAACUCAAACUGGUAGUCUCUCCUCCACUGGGACUGUUCGUUCUCCGGGCUUUGCUAACUCUGGAAGAACGCAAGAGAUACCGGGGUGUUUAACCAAAGGACUUUCGCUUUACGAAUCUGACGAAACUUCAAGUUAUUGUACAAGCCACAAGAAUAUGACAGAGAUACAACAAGAUUGCGAGGGAGAAUUCAGCAAAGCGCAGCUGAUGGAAGCACUCUGCCAUUCUCAAACGCGAGCAAGGGAAGCUGAGAAGGCGGCAAAGCAGGCUUAUGCCGAAAAAGAGCACAUUGUUACACUUUUCUUCAGACAAGCCUCACUACUUUUCGCCUACAAACAGUGGCUCCAAUUGCUGCAGCUGGAAACCCUAUAUAUCCAGUUAAACAACAAUGACCAGCAAAUCUCCAAUCUUUUCCCAUUGAUCAUUCCAUGGAAGUCUUCUUGCGAAGAGAGGAAGCCAAGGAAGAGCUUGCAUAAGGGUGUCAAGGGUAGAGGAGAAAAAAGAGGCCGCCCGGAUCAUGAUGUGGCGAAAUACGCCGUCGCUUUCGCCUUGGGGUUGAGCCUUGUUGGUGCUGGUUUGCUCCUGGGAUGGACUGUGGGGUGGAUGUUGCCUCAUUUCUAGGCAGCACAAAUCUUCUCUUGCUUGUUGUGAAUGUCAUAGUAAUAUAUCUAUUGGGGUUUAAAUGGAAGAAUUUGGCCGAGUAAUUUUAUUUCCUUUGUACUUUCUUAGACUUUCCUUAGGUUUUUGUAUGUAAAUUCUCAAAAUCCACUUUUAUGUACAAAAUGAUUUUGUGAGAACUUGUAUAUAUGUUUUUGAGGAAAACUGUUUCUUCUUGGAGUAGGGAUGUAUUUCCUCCAAUUUCUCAUGUGA